AUGGCAUCCUUUUUACAGUCCUUCAUCGACCCAAAGAAGAACUGGUUUGCUCGUCAACACAUGAAAGCGCUCACCCAAUGCCUCCGUAAUUAUCGUCUUCGAUUCGAUCUGUAUGAUCCAUAUUAUGAUAUUGAUGUGAAGGAGGCUUUGAAUCAACUCCCUAGGGAGGUUGUUGAUGCGGGCAAUCAGCAUUUGAAGCGGGCCAUGGACCUUUCCAUGAAGCAUCGAUACCUUCUUGAUGAUCUUCAACUAAAGAAGGAGAGAGCAGAACGUGAGGCAUUGGGAUAA